UUCUUCAUCACACCAAGAAUUCGAAAAAUCCCAAUGGCCAAGAAAGAUUCCAACACUCUAGAAGAUCCACCAACCGCUACUUCAAGCGACGACGACGAAGUUGAGAUUUCAUCUGAACAAGAUGAUGAAGAACAGAUCUCCAAUUCUUCUUCUGAAGAAGACGAACCCAAAGAUCCCGUCACAAUUCCCUCCACUAAAACCCCAAAAUCUCCUUCCGCCGCUGUCCAACUUCCGAUUCUGACUCAGAUAAGCCAAUCGUCUUCACCAAGCAGAUGAGGAUGGAAGGUACUGAUUCACCGGCGGUGAAAUCAGGGAAGAAGCGAGCUAGUGAAGGAACCACCUCAAAGGACAUCAAAAGAGCUAAGAAAGUUUCAGGCGACAACGAUAACAAAAAGCCGCAUUUACAUAGAUUAUGGACUGAAGAAGAUGAGAUCUCUAUGUUACAAAGCAUGAUUGAUUUCAAAGCUGAGACAGGUACAAGUCCUCAUGAUGAUUUGAAUAAGUUUUUCGAUAUCGCUAAGAAAUCUAUAAGCUUUGAUGUUAGUAAGAGUCAGUUUGGUGACAAGAUUAGAGGUUUAAAGAAGAAGUAUUUUGGUAAACGGAAGAAGAAAAGUGUUGAAUCUGAUCAUGAUAAGAAAUGUUUGGGAUUGGUUAAGUCUAUUUGGGGAUCUGUUGCUGAAUCUCCUGUGAAAUCUAAGAAGACUAAUAAUAAGAAAGAAGAUAAAGAUGUGAAGAAGGUGGAAGAAGAUAAGGAAGUGGUGAUUCUUGGAGGAGAUUCGGAGUGGUCGAAUUGGUUUGAGAAGUCUUUUUUGGUUCGGGUUAUUGUGAGUCUCGGUAUGGAUGAGUGUUUUGUGAAGUGGAAAUGGAGUAAGGUGCCUGUGGAGAUUAAGAAGAAGAUUGAAGAAAAGAUGAAGAUGGUUGAAGGUAAGGAAUUUCAGUUGUUGUCACUGAAGAUUGAUGUUUUGAAGGAGGUGACUUCGUUGAUUGCUGAAACCAACUAAGAAGUGGUAAUCGUAUAGGUUUAUCGGUUUUUAAUCGCGGGUUUGAUGGAGAUGUAAAUGCCUCUUUUUGUUAUGGAGCUUAGGAUUUAUCUUUCUAUCUACGCUUAUGGUUUUUAGUCUUUUUAUUUCUUUUGUGAGAAUUAGCUAAGAAGAGGAAGACAUGUUGUAAAAAUAGCCUUUUGGUCGAUGGUUGUAAUGAACUUAAGACUUAGUAAGCUUUGCAAUUCAGGUAGAUACUAGUUCCUGUUUCAAGUA